CCAAAAUCUGGUGCUUCCGGCGGCCUGUCAACGUCAAAAAACCAACAUGGCAGUCCCCCUGCACCGGUUACACCACGUUUCGCUCCAGGUUAGUAAUGGCCAAAAAUUAAUUUAUGACCUCGCCUCCAAAUACAAGUUUAACUUAUUCGCCACCAGGAUAACCGACAGGUCCAGGCAGACGGCUUUCAGGAAGGGAGCGGCGGUUUUUGUAGUGAACGAAGGACCGAGAUGCGUUGCGGAGAAGGAGAUGAAUGACGGUGGGCUGGACGGUGUCACCCGCAAACAUCUCGCAGAUUUACAUCGAGCGAGCUCGGAGAAGUUCAAGCAGGGUAACAAAUCCCCGCCGUGUCUUUACGAUGGCCACCAUCACCACCCGGUGGACUCUGUCAGGAACGUGUGCUUCGAGGUGGAGGAUGUGGAAAGGUCGUUCAAGGUUCUCCGCGAGCUGGGCUGCAGUUUCCUGGUGCCUCCCACCACUGUCGAGGACGAGGACGGUGCUGUCACCUACUCCGUGGUGAAGUCGGUUGUGGGGAACGUGUGCCACACGCUGAUCGACAAGACCAAAUACGCGGGGGUCUUUUUGCCAGAGUUUCAUGCCACAGGAAGAGACUGGAGCUCGGGAAAAGAAGAGGACGAGCCUUGUCCUGUCACACAUUUUGACCACAUAACUUACGCCUGUCCCAGAAAAACAACGCACCAAGUUAUGCAGUGGUACGAAAAGCUCUUUGGCUUCCAGAGAUUUUUUAUCGAGAGAAAUGAAGAUGUGGAUGAAGGUUUCGUUGUAAACCAGGACGGUGUAGGACUGCGCCUCACUGCCAUGCAGUUCUGGAAAUGCAGCGAAGCGGGCCUGUCUCUGCCGCUCGUGGAUAAGAACGAGCCUGACUGCAAGUUUGUCAUCGCAGAAUCCCUCCCUCAUCAAGGUCGCAACCAGGUCGACACGUUUUUGGAGCAGCACCGAGCAGCGGGGAUCCAGCACAUUGGCCUGUACACCAAAAAUAUAGUCUCUGCUGCAAAUACAAUGGCUGAGGCUGGGGUCCAGUUUUUCUCCCCUCCUCCUGCCUAUUACACGCAGGUUGGAAAACAGCAGGAGAUAGAGGAGGCGGGACACAACCCUCAGAUGCUGUCUCAGCAUGGCAUUCUUCUGGACACUGACCUUCACCAGGAUACCUCAUCUCAGAGAGACGGCAGCCAAAACAAACGGUAUCUUCUUCAGGUCUUCACCAAACCCAUAUUUGCAGAGGACACCUUCUUCCUUGAGCUGAUCCAGAGAAGAGGGGCGACGGGUUUUGGCGAGGGCAACAUCCGGGCGCUGUGGAGGUCCGUGCAGGCGUACAUGGAGGACGAGAGGAGGGAUUCGGACACAGAGGAGUCCGCAAAAACUGUGCAGUCUGCUCAAUAACAACCCACUUUUAUUUUAUUUUAUUUAUGUUUGACGUUUUGCUACGUUUGUCACUGUUAUUGUGUAUAAUUUGGAGACGAGAGGGGCAAAGUUUUGUUGCAAUCUUAUGAUGCACUAAACAAAAAACCACAAAGCUGUGCUGUAAUCGUGCCUGAAAUUUUCUAUCAAAAUUACUGUUACUGGUGCUGCUGAAGAAUGGAAGUGGAAGUGACUGUGCCUCUAAAUCUGCUGCUCACAACAGACUAAAGACCUUAUUUAAAGACUUUAAAUAACGUGCUCCAUGUGAGCAAUAAACCGCAACUGAAAGCGUCCAUUUCAUUGUGUGUCGAAAAAUAUUAACUCUUUGUUUUUCUAUUUUCUACUUUUGAGAUGAUCUCAAAGUUUUCAAGGUUUUACAUGUAUGAGGCUUCAGACUGGCUUUGAUUUCUUCACAUAAAAAGUGAAGAUGGA